GGGUGCACUUAGGAACUAGGCAAGCUGAUUUAUGAUAACUAAGUUUUAAACUUCAACAACCAAAGGCAUACGAAUUAGGAGCUGCUGAACCUUUCAGUAUGAAGGGCAACUUCACCCCUGCCGCCAUCAGCAAAAACAUUACCAACAGUCUUCACUUUGGACUCGUGAGCAUCGUUGGCAACCAGUCUACCUUUAACUGCUCACAUAAACCAUCAGAUAAGCAUUUAGACGCAAUCCCUGUUCUCUACUAUAUCAUUUUUGUGGUUGGAUUUCUUGUCAAUACUAUUGUGGUGACACUGUUUUGUUGUCAGAAGGGCCCUAAAAAGGUGUCUAGCAUUUACAUCUUCAACCUGGCUGUGGCUGACUUGCUGCUUUUGGCUACUCUGCCUCUCUGGGCAACCUAUUAUUCUUACAGAUACGACUGGCUCUUUGGCCCCGUGAUGUGCAAAGUGUUCGGUUCCUUCCUGACCCUGAACAUGUUUGCCAGCAUUUUUUUUAUCACCUGCAUGAGUGUUGAUAGGUACCAAUCUGUUAUUUAUCCCUUUCUGUCUCAAAGAAGAAAUCCCUGGCAAGCAUCUUAUAUAGUUCCCCUGGUUUGGUGUAUGGCCUGUCUGUCCUCACUGCCAACAUUUUAUUUCCGAGACGUCCGAACCAUUGAAUAUUUAGGAGUCAAUGCUUGCAUUAUGGCUUUCCCGCCCGAGAAAUAUGCCCAAUGGUCAGCUGGCAUCGCCUUAAUGAAAAAUAUCCUUGGGUUUAUUAUCCCUUUAAUAUUCAUAGCGACAUGCUAUUUUGGCAUCAGAAAACACUUACUGAAGACCAAUAGCUACGGGAAGAACAGAAUAACUCGUGACCAAGUCCUAAAGAUGGCAGCUGCCGUCGUGCUGGCGUUCAUCAUUUGUUGGCUCCCCUUUCAUGUUCUGACCUUCCUGGACGCUCUGGCCUGGAUGGGUAUCAUUAAUAGCUGUGAAGUUAUAGCAGUCAUUGACCUGGCGCUUCCUUUUGCCAUCCUCUUGGGAUUCACCAACAGCUGCAUUAAUCCCUUUUUGUAUUGUUUUGUUGGUAACCGGUUCCAACAGAAGCUCCGCCGUGUGUUUAGGGUUCCAAUGACUUGGCUCCAAGGCAAGCGAGAGAGCGUGUCGUGCCGAAAAAGCAGUUCCCUUAGAGAAAUGGAGACCUUUGUGUCUUAA